CCCUCUGUCCCCUCCCGCGAGCCUCGGGGUUCCUCAGCUGGCCGAGGUCGAGUCAGUGUCAGUCAGGGAGGCGAACUGCUGAGCACUGGCCGCGGACGCUCAGUUGCAGUCUCGCCCAGGGGCAGGUACCUGCGCUCGCGCCGCCGGGUGGAAAGGAUGAAGCCGCAGCUGGAGCAGCCACCCUAUGAUUGGCUGUGGCGCUUGUGAACCCAAAGUAAAGAUGGCGGGCGGGCAGGCAGCCGCCGCACUGCCCACUUGGAAGAUGGCGGCGCGCCGCAGCCUCAGCGCCCGCGGCCGGGGGGUCCUGCAGGCGGCUGCGGGGCGGCUGCUGCCGCUGCUCCUGCUGAGCUGCUGCUGCGGCGCGGGCGGCUGCGCAGCGGUGGGCGAGAACGAGGAGACGGUGAUCAUCGGGCUGCGGCUGGAGGACACGAACGACGUGUCGUUCAUGGAAGGGGGGGCGCUGCGGGUGAGCGAACGGACCCGGGUCAAGCUGCGGGUGUACGGGCAGAACAUCAACAACGAGACGUGGUCCCGCAUCGCCUUCACCGAACACGAGCGGCGGCGCCACAGCCCGGGGGAGCGCGGGCUGGGGGGCCCCGCGCCGCCGGAGCCGGACAGCGGCCCCCAGCGCUGCGGCAUCCGCACCUCAGACAUCAUCAUCUUGCCCCACAUCAUUCUCAACCGCCGCACCUCGGGCAUCAUCGAGAUCGAGAUCAAACCGCUACGCAAGAUGGAGAAGAGCAAGUCCUAUUACCUGUGCACGUCGCUCUCCACGCCCGCCCUGGGUGCCGGCGGCUCGGGAUCCGCGGGUGGCGCCGUCGGGGGCAAGGGCGGCUCGGGGGUGGCCGGGCUCCCGCCACCCCCGUGGGCCGAGACCACCUGGAUUUACCACGACGGCGAGGACACCAAGAUGAUCGUAGGCGAAGAGAAGAAAUUCCUGCUGCCCUUCUGGCUGCAGGUGAUCUUCAUUUCGCUGCUGCUGUGCCUGUCGGGCAUGUUCAGUGGCCUCAACCUGGGGCUCAUGGCCCUGGACCCGAUGGAGCUGCGCAUCGUGCAGAACUGCGGCACGGAGAAGGAGAAGAAUUACGCCAAGCGCAUCGAGCCGGUGCGCAGGCAGGGCAACUACCUGCUGUGCUCACUGCUGCUGGGCAACGUGCUGGUCAACACCACGCUCACCAUCCUGCUCGACGACAUCGCCGGCUCGGGCCUCGUGGCUGUGGUGGUCUCCACCAUCGGCAUCGUCAUUUUCGGGGAGAUAGUGCCCCAGGCCAUCUGCUCCCGCCACGGCCUGGCUGUGGGGGCCAACACCAUCUUCCUCACCAAGUUUUUCAUGAUGAUGACCUUCCCCGCUUCCUACCCGGUCAGCAAGCUGCUGGACUGCGUCCUAGGCCAGGAGAUAGGCACCGUCUAUAACCGGGAAAAACUGCUGGAGAUGCUCCGGGUCACCGACCCCUACAACGACCUCGUUAAGGAGGAACUGAACAUCAUCCAAGGGGCGCUGGAGCUCCGCACCAAGACGGUGGAGGACGUGAUGACACCACUCCGGGACUGCUUCAUGAUCACUGGCGAAGCCAUCCUGGACUUCAACACCAUGUCUGAGAUCAUGGAGAGCGGCUACACCCGCAUUCCAGUGUUUGAAGGGGAGCGCUCCAAUAUCGUGGACCUGCUGUUCGUCAAAGACUUGGCCUUCGUGGAUCCAGAUGACUGUACUCCCCUGAAAACCAUCACCAAAUUUUAUAACCACCCCUUGCACUUUGUUUUCAAUGACACCAAGUUGGACGCUAUGCUGGAAGAAUUUAAGAAAGGUAAAUCUCACCUGGCUAUCGUGCAGCGGGUAAACAAUGAGGGAGAAGGAGAUCCGUUUUAUGAAGUUUUGGGAAUUGUCACCUUAGAAGAUGUGAUUGAAGAAAUCAUCAAAUCUGAGAUUCUAGAUGAAACAGAUUUAUACACUGACAACAGAACAAAAAAGAAAGUAGCUCACCGGGAACGAAAGCAAGAUUUUUCUGCCUUUAAGCAGACAGACAGCGAGAUGAAGGUUAAAAUAUCACCACAGCUCCUCCUGGCCAUGCACCGUUUCCUAGCAACAGAAGUAGAAGCAUUUAGCCCAUCCCAGAUGUCAGAGAAGAUCCUUCUAAGGCUGCUAAAGCAUCCCAAUGUCAUCCAGGAACUGAAGUAUGAUGAGAAGAACAAGAAAGCCCCUGAAUACUACCUCUACCAGCGCAACAAGCCAGUAGACUACUUCGUUCUCAUUCUGCAGGGGAAAGUGGAAGUGGAAGCUGGGAAAGAAGGUAUGAAGUUUGAAGCGAGCGCCUUCUCAUACUACGGCGUGAUGGCCCUGACAGCCUCUCCAGUUCCUUUGUCCCUGUCUCGUACCUUUGUUGUCAGCAGAACAGAGUUGUUAGCAGCAGGUUCUCCAGGUGAAAAUAAGUCCCCUCCUCGCCCAUGUGGCUUGAAUCACUCAGACUCCCUCAGUCGAAGCGACCGGAUUGACGCCGUAACACCAACACUGGGGAGCAGCAAUAACCAGCUCAAUUCUUCGCUCCUCCAAGUCUAUAUCCCCGAUUACUCGGUGCGAGCCCUUUCGGAUCUGCAGUUUGUUAAGAUCUCAAGACAGCAAUACCAAAAUGCCUUGAUGGCAUCCCGGAUGGACAAAACCCCUCAGUCUUCAGACAGUGAAAACACUAAAAUCGAAUUGACUCUUACGGAGCUGCAUGACGGGUUGCCAGACGAGACAGCCAACCUGCUCAAUGAACAGAACUGUGUGACGCACAGUAAGGCCAACCACAGCCUGCACAACGAAGGCGCCAUCUAGGCCGCACUGGCUGCACCCGCCCAGGCCUGCACCCACCCACUCCCGAGGGCCCGGCCCCGUCUGCCCAUGACUUCACUGGUGUGAGCUUGUCCGCCAUGCUGCACCCUGCAACAUCCUGAGACCAAAGACCUUGUGCCCUUCCCAGGAGCCGCAGAGGAGGACGGUGAGGGGAGGAAUGGAAACUAGAAAUAUGAAGUUGGCGGCCGGGGCAUGGCGUUCAAGAUUUUGGAGAUGAACUGAUUCCGCCCAAAUAGAAUCAUGUUUAUUUUUUCAGCUCUCCCCUUCAUCGUUAUUCACGCUCUCUGCCCUCGAUUUGCAUGAAGUUGAAAAUUGUCGCGAUUUAUUUUUUCAAGAGAUCAUGUUUUUAAAGUGUCUUUUGCAGAGUUUUAAGUUGUUCUGUCUGAACUCUGCUGUGAUCCCAUGAUGUGACCCUAAUAGGCUGGACUUGCCCCUCCGGUAGCCUUCCUUGGCCCUCCCAGGGAGGAGCACCCUUCCUCUGUGCCCCAGUGGGCAUCACUGUCGAACUCGCUGGCUGAAUGAAGAAGACCGUGUUACUGCAGAACCUGCCAAGUGUGUCAUCACUGUGGGGUGUAGCCUGCCUCAGAGGGACCUGCAGUCGCCUCUCUGAGCUCAGUGGUAUUUUGAGAAGUUAAUGUUUAAUUGUACCCCUUUCCCUCAGGAAGAUUUAACAUUUGCUUGGGAAUGUGAUUUUGCUCCCACCCUAAGGAAUUUUUAUCACCAAAAUGAAUAUUAAUGAAUUUAAAACCCAUGGUUCAUCAUUGGCAAGAGGCAAGUUGACUUCAUCCGGUCAUUCCAGCCUGGGGUCUCCCAGCCAGCCCUCCUCCCUGACCCAGUGCCCAAGCUCACAGAGUGUCGCCGCCCACCUCCCUGGUCCUUGCUCUUGUUAACCCAAGAUGCUGCUACACAGAUGCCAAAUGGAAAUCAUCCACGGGGCUGUUCAGUAAACACGUGAUGUGGAGUGCAAGCUCCUCCCCUUCCCGCUAGGACAUACAUUAACAGAAAAGGAGUCGGACCUUCUAGCUGCACUCUACUGUGUGCUGGGAAGGCAUUUCUAGACCCAUGUUUUUAAAGGAGGGAACUUUGGGGAUUGCCAGCCCCUGCUCCUCCUCCCAGGGAGCCAACUGUCCCUCCUCCCCUGUCCCUGGGCCCAUGGGGCCCGGCAGAGUGGCUGUGUCCCCUGCCUGAGGGCCUCUGCCUCCUCCCUCAGAUGCGGCCCGUGCCAGAGAGGCUGCCUGCACAGCCAGGGUCAGUUUGGCCCCAAACAGGGAUUCAGAAACCAAAUGCGUGUUGUGGCCAUUUUAUGUGUGUCUCCGUCUUAUUUUAAUACCAAAUUCAUCAUGUAGUGAAAUUAUGUCAGGAGGUAUUUGAGUGACUGAAUUCUUAACUAUAGCUUAUCUGUGUUUUGUUAGCCUGAGGGAUAUGUGCAGGUUGUUGGCGCUAUUCAUACACUGAAAUGAAAUCAUACUGACCAGUGUACACACGAGAUGAUCAGUCCUCGCCGCAUCCAUCACUAGGAAAGGAGAGAGCGUUUUCUGCUUAGGCUCACUGCGCGGAGGGAGGCCUUGGCUAAGCAGCAGUAUUCUCCUCCCUACUCCAGGUAGGAAGUCUGUUCAGCCAUGGCUGGGCUGUGUGCAGGGCAGGGAGCGUGGCUGAGGAGCAGACAGCAGCGGGCAGCCUGGUGAGCCGUUCGGUGCCUCACGUGUCGUGCGUGCCCGGCUUAGUAUUUCCUCUGGGAUGUCAGUCCUGGAGUGUCUUCCUCAGAAGGUGCCAUGCCCCUUAGUAGGGGGAAGUACUGAUCUCACUUGAUGUAGAGGGUGCUGAGUGGCCUGCUACUGGCAUGCAACCUGCCCCCGUGGGAUGAAGCCCCACUGUGUAGCUUGACCUUAGAGGGGAGCCCACUCUAAGCAUCCUUUUUUUAAACAGAGCCAUCCAAAUAUAAAAGUCAGUUUCUUAAGAUCCCUGUCCCUGAGCACAGCACCAGUGUGAUGAGUGUCUAAAGAUGAGGAGUCCCUGCAACAGAGCGAAGCCUGGCCCAUGCUGGGGGAGGGUGUCUGUGCCCCGCUUCGGGCCUGCGCAGUGCUGGCCUUCCCUGAGCGGUGGGGAGUCAGGCCUGCCUAGCCCAGCUUCUCUGGCCUCAGGAGCUCCGCCCUGUCAACCUGCCCGGGCUCACAUCUGCUUCUCCACACAGUCUGUCUCAGGGAUGCCUUGCUACUGGGAGAGCCUCUGGAAUCAGAGCUAGUGUGUUGGUGCCCUUUUCAGAGCUCUGCUGUUCCUUUAUGAAUCCUAAAGCACAGUCUGGGAAGAGGAGAGGGGAUGCCAGUUGCUGCCUCUGACUUGAGGGAGAAGCAGACUUCUUCAUACUGUCUUACCUGCUCGGCGUGAUGGCUUCUUGCAAAUUAUUCUCUUAUAAAAGAGCUCGGCAGGAGCGGCUCAUCAGUGGGGCUCCCAAAGUUUGAAAUUUUAACUGCCAAGUUCGUAUUCGUUUUCUGUUAUUCUUUACCUUCUAUUAGUCACACUAUUUGAUAACGUUAAGGAAUCUAAAAUCCUGUCAGAUUUUAACAUCUCUGACAGGAAUGAAGGUUAACAUCUCUGGGGAGAGCAUAGGACCCUUCAAACAACACUCAUCUCUGAGCAACCAGAUUCCUCUUCCAGGCCCCACUUUCCCUCAGGAAACCAACCUUUCGGAUGGUUGGAGGAGAAACGCUGGGCUCUUGCUUGUCUGGGACAGCAGGAGAAGGACUUUGGCUUGGAAGGCCUCUGCCAUUCAUCUCUACAAAGCCAGUGGGGUCCGGCAGAGAAGGACCGGGGAAUAGCUGCAGUCUCGACGUGGCUGCUUUUUGGCCCCUCUGCUGGACUGCCCUCCCAUGGCUGCGACCUUUCCAAGUGUGGAAAGGAGUGGGUCAAGUAGACCAGAUGCAGACCCCUGGAUACUGACAGGAGGCCUCACCCUCCUUUACGGGGUCUCUCCGGGUGGGAUGGGGCCUCCCCUCCUCCUGAGCAGCCACUGGUGCCCCGUGGUUCCGCUGGAACUAAAUCCCUAGCAUCCAGAUGGUCCUGGGACGCUCUGCCUUCUCUGUAAAGGAGGAGGGCUUUUCUCCUGCUGUCUUGGAGGUUCCUUCCCUUCACUGCUUGUCCCAUAUGCAUCAGGCAAAUUCAAACUCAUACAUUUAAACUCUUAGGAAAACAAAAUCUUAAGACUUACACAGAUAUUGGGGUGCUAAUCAACUAGCUUAAAUCUUGGUUCUUACAUAUUUUGAACUUGAAAGGGUACAUUGAACUCUGUUCUUUCUUCCCUCCUCACCUCACUCCCUGCAGGGAGUUAAAUGCCAUGUUGAAGCGGUUGGCAUCCCCAAGUGGGAGGGAGUGGGGCAGCUUACCAUCUUCUAAUGUGACUUCAAGGAACAAUGCAGAUGUUGAAUGCAGAGCUCCACACUAAUAUGGAACAAUAACUGUGAGUAUAUUUACCUGUGCUGUCCUCAGCACUGUACACUAAAGGACCAGCUUUUCCAAGCCUAGGAAAAUAAUGGUAGAUACAAAUAGAAAUACAUUUUCCCUAGGAAAUGGAGCAAUAGGAAUUUGAGCUAAGCAGGAACCAUGAACUUCUGCCCUCAAAUUCUGUCUUCAGGUUGAGCAGACCUGUGUAGGCCCUGGCUGAUCAAGCCUGUGUCCUGCCUAGUGAAAACACAACCCCUCUGUCAUCUGAAAGCCAGCCGGGGAUCUGUAGCCAUCCUCGCCUUCCCUAGGCCCAGGAAGGUGAGGGCUCCUGGGUAACCAGGCUUGUCCCUGUUGUUCCCCAGGGGUGAUGUAGGCCGAUGACUCAUCUGGCUGGCACAUGAAGGUGCUCACCUUGUUCUCUGGGGCUCCAAGCAAGAGCAGGCCAGGGAGGGCUGGCUUUCCACACUGCAUUACAUGACCUGAGCUCCCUGGUGGCAUGGGAAAAACUCCCCUCUGCUUUUGAGCCCAGAAUGGGCUUUUCUUUGCAAAGAGUUGAGGAGAAAUACAAGACUGAGCUGGCAGGUUAGGGUCUGGGAGGCCUCUGAGGUACCAUUGCUUACUUCUUUACUGAGGAAACUGGCUCUUGUCCUGGGCCAUGUAGUUCCAUUCUGGGCUCUAGACUAGUGGUGCUUCUGUCCAUCAAGGGUAUCUGGGUGAGGUGUAGGUUAACCCAGAAUUAGUAGGGAUAUAGGGGUUUGAAUAGGAAAGUGAUUUGGGGAUUCAGAAAUUUUUCUGAUGUAAUUUAUCAAUGAGCAACUUCUCAGUUGAGUUUUAUACCUCAGGGUCAUUUGCAAAUCUUUUAUCUUUUCCUGUUUCUUAGGUGUUCAAGUUGGUUAAUAGGAGAGAGAUGUUCAGAGACUUCUAAGUUGAGGUUCAUUUGCCUCCAUUUGAGGGGUGAGUGGUGCACCAAUAGCUUGCUGCUAUUACUCAGCAAGGCUGUGACAAGCCGGCCUUCCUCCUCUAGCACUUGCAAGCUUUCUGUCUGCAAUCACGGUUUACUUGCCCAUUUCCCUUUUGCUACCUUCUUUCCUAUCUGGAGAUUCAUAUUCCAGAGUCCCUGGUCAACCCUACAGACGCAAAGAGGAGACGGCAGUUCAUAGCAACUGCAUAGAGCAGGGAGCAGCUUUCCUCCCACCAUCCUAGGCAGGGGACCUUCUUUGCUUCUCAGACCUGAGCUCAAGUAAGCAUGUUCUGUCUGUACGCUAGAGCCACUGACAUCAUCUCUACUAGAAUUGUUUUAAGUAUCUUUUGAUGGGAAAUACCAGGUUGAACUUCAAGCAGCAGGGAAACAAAGGUUCUAGCUGCAAGAGAAUAAAGUUCUAGGUGUUUGUAUGCCGAGGUUUUUAUGUACACAGAUCCAAUACAUCCUGUAAGAAAGUCUUGAGUACACAAGGUUUUCAGGUUUUAAUGCCCAUUGGGACCAUGAACAAAUGAGAAUGACUGGGAGCAUUGUCUUGCGUCGCUUGGAAGGAUGCCUUCUGGCAUGUACCCACAUCUGAUCCACAUGGAUUCACUUUUAGGAUGCAAUUCUUUGGGGGGCCAGAUUCCACUGCAGAUUCACCCUGAAGAGAACUAUCCAAUGGGCCUGGUGGGGCUUGGGUGCCUGCCCUUUUUGUUGGAGGCUCAGGCUUCAGAGCAGAGCAAAGUUGGGAAGAAUAAGGUCUUAGGAUUCUCAUUCCCCAGAGAGCCCCAGCCUCGCUUCUGAUUCAUUACUCCCCAAGUCUGAAGUCUACUGUGAAGGUGAAGUUAUCAAUUUUUUCUUGUUUCUUGAGUUCUUUAAACCCACAAAUGUAUAUGCUUUAUUUUAUAUUAUUUAUUAUGUACAUAUGCCUGUUAGUACUUCAUCUGUGACUAGGACAAGAUCUGUCUUGAAGCUUCCUCAUCCAUGGAUCCUAGGGUUCUGCUGUCCUUUAAGGCGGGUGAGAGGGUAGUGUUGUUUUUUAUAAACAGGUUGCUGCCUUUAUGUUGGCCCUAGCAUCCCCAGCCCCUUUAGUUGGGCCCACCUGUAUUCCUGAUGACAAGUGUUUUGGAUGCGGAUGGAGGCAGGUCUCCGACCUUGUGGGCAGGGCCUCUCAAGUACCUCCAUGAACUAUUUCCGAGGUGGUUUAUUGGUGACAGGCUCUCUUCCCCUAUGUAGGGUACAGUACAGCUGUGAGUCCAUGGCCUCCUUCCUCCCAAGGCAGGUCACUUGCCUGGCCCCACAAUGAUAAUGGUUUCUUCUACUUACCUUGAAUUGCAUAAUCCAUCUUUCUGGAUAAUGGAAGCUGCCUGCCCAUCUGGGCUCUUAAUAUGCCUUUUCUUGGUUUUGAGGCCCAGUGCCAACAUUGACUUGGCCCUCAAGUAAGACCCUGCUUUGUGUCUGACUUCCAUCCUCCUCAGCCUUUAUUCACUGUAUCAUAGUGUACAGGUCAUGCAUUUGAGCAGUGAAGUUUUCUGAACACAGUAUUCAGAGCUGUGUACAUAAACCCAAAUAAGCACAAAUGACAUGUAUAGGAUUAAUGAGCUGAUUGUCAUAAUGAAUGCAUUUUAUAAUUCAAAUGAUGUUGUAGAUGUACAGUCUCUCCUAUUUAUUUUGUACCAAUUUAUUUGUAAAUUUUGUGAUUGUUUUACAAGGUUUUUGUUUAUUUCUAUUCUAUUUAGAUAAAUGAUGUUCUGUUCA